AUGGAGGACUCUGAAGGCAUUGAUAUGAUUAGCAAUUUAGCUGAUGAUUUGUUGUGUGACGUACUCUCUUUACUCCCAAUCAAAGAUGCUUUCACCACAACCAUUCUCUCCAAAAGAUGGACCUCACUAUUCCGAUCAUUCACAUCUCUCCAUUUCGACGACGAAUCUGUCCAAGCUGAAACUAUCCACCACGAAGAGACCUUGCGUCACUUCCGCCACUUCGUCAACACAGUCAUACUCUCCACCAAACUCAUCAAAACGUUUCACCUCAAAUUUCGUAGGCGGAGAUCAGGCUUCCAGAGAUCAAUUCCUAUUAUGGAGGCUUUCCGAUUUCACGGGAAAGAAGUACUAGAAGUUCUUCAGUAUUGCCCUCAAGGUUCGAAAGACGAACUUCAAUUUACAAAAUAUAUUCUACAGAAUGCGCAACUUUUAGAGGUCAUGAAGAUCAACAUUAGACGUUCCUAUUAUUCAAGGCUAAGUCGGGUUGCUUUAGAAAAACUAACCUCGUGUCCAACUAUUUCUCCCAAAUGUAAACUUUCAAUCAAUUCUUGUAUUUGA